CUUGGUUGUCAUUACGUAAUGCCGCCGCAACACAUGAUUACGUGUGCGAUUGAUUGCUUGCCACAAACGGAGUGCGGCGACAGCUGAUGCGGGAGUUGGCACCCAGCCAACAUCUGGUGGGGGUGGUCAGAUGAACUGUUGAGGCGGAGUGAGGCGCAAGCAGUCCGAGCAUGGCUGUGCUGGUGCUGGGCGGCGGCGUGACCGGUCUGGCAGCCGCCCACUACCUGCGCCAGCUGCGGCCCACACUGCCCAUCACCGUGCUGGAGGCGGCGCCGGCCGUCGGCGGCUGGGUCCGCACCACGCGCCACAAGGACGGCGGUCUCUGGGAGCACGGGCCGCGCACGGUGCGGCCGGCUGGCCAGCAGGGCGUCAACACCCUGCAGCUGGUGGAGCAGCUGCAGCUGACUGAGAGGCUGAAGAUAAUCCCUCAAGGACACCCAGCGACCCUUAACCGGAUGAUCAUGACCGGCGGCGAGCUGCACAAACUGCCGACCAGCCUGUGGAGCACGCUGCGCUGGCUGAAGCCGUUCCGGCGGCCGCUGGCGCUAGCGGCGUUGCGCGACUUAGCAGCGCCAGCACGUCGCGGCCUGGCCGACGACAGCCUGUACGCGUUCGUGGCGCGCCGGUUCGGCAGCGACGUGGCGCAGUUCGCCGUUGACCCGCUGGUGCGCGGCGUUUGCGCCGGCGACGCGCGCCAAAUCAGCGUGCGUUUCCUGAUGGACACGCUGUUCGAACACGAGCAGCGCUACGGCAGCGUGCUCUGGGGCAUGUGGAAGGAGCGCGGCCGUGCCGCCGCGCCCGACCCCGGCGGCAGCGAGCUGGCGCGCCGCGCGCAAGCCGAGCGCUGGAGCGUCUGGAGCCUGGAGGGCGGCCUGCAGACGCUGCCGGAGGCCAUGGCGGCGCGGCUGGCCGCCGAUGGCGUCGCCGUGCUGCCGGACGCGCCGGCCACGCGGCUGGAGCUGUCACCGGACGGCGCCACGGUCCACUCGCCGGCCGGCAGCCACCACGCCGCCCAGGUCAUCUCGGCGCUGCCGGCGCACGCGCUGGCACCGCUCGUGCCGGACGCGUCGCUGGCGGCGCUGCUGGCGCAGAUCGAGUCAGUGACGGUGGCCGUGAUCACGCUCGAGUACGAGGGCCAGCUGCUGCGCGAGCCCGGCUUUGGCUACCUGAUCCCGUCGUGCGAGCCGGCCGACGGCGUGCUGGGCGUCAUUUUCGACACGUGUAGCUUCCCGCAGGGCGACAAGACCGUGCUGACGGUUAUGUCGGGCGGAGCCGAGAUGGAGCGGUACUACGGCGUCCGGCCGAGCCGGCAGCGGCUGCUGGACGCCGCGCUACACGAGGUGCGACGCUCGCUCGGCGUCACGGCCCGGCCCAGCCGGCUCUGCGUGCAGCUGCAGGAGCGCUGCAUCCCGCAGUACCGCGUCGGACACCGCGCCCUGGUGCAGGAGGUGCGCGCAGCUGUCGGCCGCCUCGGCUGGCCGCUGCUGCUGGCCGGCGCCGCGUUCGACGGCGUCAGCGUCAACGACUGUAUUCUGAGCGGCCGCCGCGCGGCUGAGGCCGUCAGCAGCGCGAUGGACGAGCAGUGAUGAGACGAACCCUGAGGAGACGGUGUCAGCUGACGCCGAGCGGGACAGUUGUGCCAUCGCACCGGUCUGGUAUGCGGCGGUGACGUUAUUCCAUUCCGCGCAAAUCAGCGUGGCGACUCCUGUCUUGCGCCGUCCGGCGGCGAGUGCUUCAAACCAGGGGACGCAGCGGCGCCAUCAGCACCGGACGAGUCGGUGUCGGGCCUGUGGGGGCUGGGUCUGCCGGUGCGAAUGUCCGCGUGGGCCCGCGAGAUGUGACACCGGACUGGAUGGAGGGCAUUUGUGAGAUCAGGUAGGCAGCUGGGGUUUUUGCAUGCCGUGGAUACUACAGGUUGUGGACUGCGCUGGACGGGCAGUGCUCACUGGCACAGUGGUGAUGUUCUUCUUGCUACAAAUGGUGAAAUGUGAUGCAAUUGUACAAUUGUGAUUGAAAAACAGCUGGGACGAACAAAGUAUAGCAAUGCUAUACUGCAAUGUAGUGUUUGAUUAUUUAAGUAUUUUUUAAGCUGAACUGUUGGGUUUUGAACGCAACUGUACAAACGAACAUAACAUCGAAGGUUAACACAUGUUUCGGCAGGAGGGGAAUAUUGAUGCAUGGUGUGGAGACUACAGUCACCGUAGACAUUGCGUUCGCAGCAGUCUCCGCGCAAUGCGACCGCUUUUUAGCACUGUCGCGGUGGUCGUGCGAUACGUGACCUUCUGUUGGAAGGCGGCCUUUCAGGUUCCGUGCCUUAUGGAUAGGAUGGCGGCAAUAUCACAUGGUUGGACGUGUGGCACGUGUAAACAAUAUAAUAUGGCUGGAC